UUGGGAACCGUGGCUGUGAGAUGAGUCCUCUUUCCCGCUCCAUCCCCCUUGCCCUGCGCCUGAGAAAGGGAGCAUCCCCAUGGCAACAGCAGCAGCUGGUCCCUUGAUAAGAGGAGCUGGAGCCGGCUGCAGGAGGAGCCACAGCCAGAGGCUGCCCAGCUUCGGGAGGAAGCGCGCCCUCCCCAUCUCUGCACUUCACAUCCCUGCGCCUGCCCUGACAGUGCUGGGAAGAAACACACACACCAACCCUCCUUUGAUGAUGUCCACUGAGCAAAUGCAGCCACUGGAUCUCUCGGAAGACAGACUGGACAAGCUCGACCCUCGCUGCAGCCACUUGGAUGACCUUUCCGACCAGUUCAUCAAGGACUGUGAGCUCACAAAGAAGCCGAGAAAGGGGAGAAACGUACAGGCCGCCCUGAACAUCGAGGCAGACCAAAGGAAACCGCGGAGGAAAGACACCCCCGUGCCGCACAUCCCGCCUUUCAGACCUGGUGUAUUUUCAGAACAUUUAAUUACAAGAUACGAGGUCCAAGAGAGCCACCCAAAGGACAAAACGAGUCCAGCUCUUCAGAACACUGACCUGGAACAGAAGAAGCCAAGGAGAAAAGACACACCUGCCCUGCACAUGUCCCCCUUUGCAGAUGUGACACUGCUCCGGGAGGAGAGACCCAAAGUGAUCCUGGAAGAUGAGGAAAAGGAUGGUGACAAGAUAGCUAUUUAAAGCUAUUCCCCCUGAGACCACUUGUAAAUAGGUUAGGAUGGUUCCCUAUGUGACCUAGAAAAAAUAGACUUGUUGCUGCUCUCAUUUUGUCACAGUCCGCAUUUGCGAUCUGACACCUUUCCCCAGAGGACACACCAUGUCAGCUUGCGGCCACCUCUCUGCCCCUCUCUUCCCUCCUGAUCUGGUUCCUAUUCCCACCUCAUGAGUUUUCAUGUUCAGAUGCAGUGGAAGGGAGCAGGCCUUCGUCCUAAAUUGGGAGGUAACAGGGAAAGCUCCAGUGUUUCACUUCUGCAUCUCCUGGGUCAAUUCCUGCAGGAAAGGACACGGAGAACGCGAGAUCCUUGUGUCUUGGCUUAUGCUGCUGGGAGGGACUUGACUAACAAACACCAUCCAAAGGCCAGUUCAGGUGGGGGCUCCUGGUUACCUGUUAGGGAGGUGAGAGUGUGUGUGUUAGAAACUCUCUGGUUGCUUUGGAAACAUGGUCUUUUAUCGCUCUCAUCUUUUUUCAAAAUCCAAGUGACCCUGUUGACAUUCCUGAGACCCUUGUAACUGAUGCCCUAGAGGUGACUGUAUGAGCUAGGGGAGUCCGCCCAGCUGAUCACACCAUGGCUGAGAAUACCAGAGGAAGAGAGUUCUGGUCUAUCUGGGAAGCUUAGCAAUAUAUCCUAUUUGUCUUUAUUUUUUAGAACAUCCUUUAACCAUGAUGGCCUAAAAUUUGUGAACUGUGUCACAAGUGAAUCCUUACUAAGAGAAGAUAAAAUACCAACGCUUGUGAUGACUUUACUUUGCAAAAAUUAAUUGGAAGGCCAGUGGAAGGCCAUGCAUAUAUGUUUAGCCUCUUCAAUUAUUUAGACCUCAGCAUGCUUCCCUGGAGAGGAGGGAAAGGUGUGGCCUUAGCUAAUGGCAGGAGUCUCACUAUAACCCCCCGGCCUGCAGCCUGUGGGUGCCAUGGGAAGGUUUUGCACAAACGAGGGCCUCAUCCACCAGGUGAGGGGCAUGGGGAAAGGCCAAGCCUAUUGUUCAACGGUAGGAAGGUGGGCAUUUGAACAGAUCCAGCCUCCAAGUGAUUGUUUGGAAGUUCUGUAUCUCCCUGGCUCCAACAGUUUGGUCAUCCUUCUGUCUUUCUGUCCUUCUCACAAACGUGGAGAAGAUGCAGCCCCUGCUGGUAAUAAAGAUGCUUCUCAGCCA